AUGCUGCUUGCUGGCCACCCACGCCAUGUGCCCGCGGACGUUGCGUCAACACGCCUGGCGCCGGGCGAGUGGGCGUACGUGGCCGAAGGCGGCGCCAACGUCGUCUUCCGCUACACUGGCCCGUCGACGUCACCACUCCAUGGGCAUGUGCUGCGCAUCCGCAAGGCGGGCGUCCGCGGCGCCGCACCCUCCGAUAUCGUGGCCUUUGCGUCCACGCAUAAGCCGCUCGGUAGCGCUGUCGAGUACGCCCAAGUCGCCCAGGCCAUCGACGUGCCACCGGCUUUUCUGCAUGCGAUGAAUAAUGCGCUCGCUGAAGCGGAUCGGCCGGCGCACCGCCAAGCGUCGCAGCUCAACCUCGAGAUGCGCACCGUGCUUUUGCUGCCCAACGUCGCGUUCGAUGCAGCGGGCGCCUUCAGUGUCGAGAUCAAACCGAAAUUCGGCAAAGUCUUUGGCGCCUCCGACGACGUCCACGACAGCAAGCGUCUCGCGUGUCGCUUCUGCAUGCACCAGCAGCUCAAGCUCGCCCAAGGCAAGGUCGACGCCGUGAGCACGUACUGCCCCAUCACGCUCUUUGCGCGCGAUACCAUGGACCAAGCCCUCGACGAGCUCCUCGCAACGCCACAAAACAACCUCCGCGUCUUUCCCGACCGCCUUCCGAUCGAUCGACAUGACCUUCGGCAGCUGCUCUCAACCGUCUUGCGGCGCGUGCCCGUCCUCGACGACCUCGCUCGCAUGCAUGCACUCGAUCGCUUGGACAUUGAAGGUCUGUACCGGCUCACAGCUCUCAACGCGCAGCUCGCUGCCGAGACGCCGCCAAUGACGACGACGCUUGGCGAGCUCGUGGCCGCUAGCAGCCUGCCCGAGGCCGUGGUGCGGACGCUUCAGAGGGCUACGCAUGGCCGAGCGUGGACGACGCUGACGCUGGUGGAAUGGCAAGAGCUCUACCAACAACUUGUCGACGAGUUCAUGGUGGCCACGACGUACAAGGACUGCUCGCUGUUGCUGGCACUGGCGCCAUGCUCGGAUCUGACGGAGAAUAGUGUCACGCUUCCGGACGGCACCGCGUAUCAGUACCAAGUCGCGAUCGUGGACUUGGACCUCAAAACGCACAAGCCGCUGCGCUUUUACUACGACCUCGAUUGCGAGAUUGCCCAGUCGUACACCACCUAG